AUGCCCACCAUGGACAGCCCAGCAACCCCCGAACACCCGCCGCCUGACGGCAACAUUCCUGACUUCCCUCAGGACUUCGACGACGAUCUUGAUCUCAAUCCCGAACUCUACGAUGCUAGCGACACCGAGGAACCACCAUCGACGGGUGUGUCGCAAUUGGUAGACACGUUCACCACCCUGACCGAGUUGGCAAUUGACCAUGCCAAGCUGCAGUUUGUCACUGAGCCGGUGGUACUCAGUGGCGGGCAGGUGUCGCAGUUCAUUAUGGAUAUCGACGCCCAGAUUUUAGCGGUGCAGCGGCGAUUUAUUAAGAGUCAGGCCGGUGAGCUCGAGUGCAGUGUUUUCGAAAUGAUUGACGGAUUUAAUCCAAUUAUAGCGUCAAUUUGGACCACCGUUACUCAGCGCAACCGGCUAUUCGGUCAACAAGACUACUUUAUUCGCAUAUUAGGGCUUUUUGAAGAUAUCUUAGCCCAUUUCCGUCGCCCUUUUGGCACCGUUGAUGUCAGCCGCGCUCUUCCUGCUUCCGUGUUGACGCAAAUGCUAAAGUAUUUCACUUUCUUCCAGAGUCUAGACGUGUACUUGUCGAUUUUUAUCGAUGGCUACGAUGGGCCCCAGCAGAAACGCCAUCAAAUGAGCCGGACCGAGCUCGUUCGGUUGGUGCCGUUAGUAAAUCGGGUGCGGAUGGUGGUGGCGGCGCAAUUAGGUCCGUUUAUGGAGAAGUUGGUGUUUGUUGAGGAUGAGACCUACGCCAGCUUGCGUCAAGUGUUGGACAUUGAGCUCACGCGGGUCUUCGAAGGCGUGCUCGAUCGCACCAACUCUUGA